AUGGCAAAGACGGUAGGAGAAGUAAAGAAAAAUAAGGUAAGAGCUGCUGAAAAGCCUGCAAAGAAGCCAGAUAAAGCUGAUACACCAGAACCUGCAAGUGACAGCACCAAGAAGAAGCCAUCUCCAAAGAAUGAAGAACCGAAGAAUCAGAAGGAUGUAGCCAGAUCGUCCAAGGAUGGAGCUGGAGAGAAGAAGAAUGAGAAGACUUCAGCAAAAGGCCCCAAAGAGGCAGCUGCUUCCAAGAAGGACACCCAGAAAUCCCAGAACAAGCAAGAUGAGAAGCCAAAGAUGAAGAAACAUGACAAAGCCAGCAAUAACACAAAAGACACACCAGAGAAGGAGAAGACGAAGAAGGAUGAGGACAACAAGAAAGGGAAGAAUGUUCCCAAAGACACCGCAGCUGAGAAGACCGACACUUCAAAGGAAGCACCGAAGAGAGAUGCAGAGAAGAAGAAGAAGGAUGUAGCCAAGUCGUCCAAGGACGGAGCCGAAGAUGAGAACACGGAGAAGAAGUCAAAGGACACCACCAAAGUGAAGGAUAAUUCCAAGAAGGGCACACAGAAGAAGCAAGAUGAGGAGCCAAAGACUCAGAAGACUGACACUUCAAAGGAAGCACCGAAGAGAGAUGCAGAGAAGAAGAAGAAGGAUGUAGCCAAGUCGUCCAAGGACGGAGCUGAAGAUGAGAACACGGAGAAGAAGUCAAAGGACACCACCAAAGUGAAGGAUGAUUCAAAGAAAGGCACACAGAAGAAGCAAGACGAGGAGCCAAAGACGCAGAAGACUGACACUUCAAAGGAAGCACCGAAGAGAGAUGCAGAGAAGAAGAAGAAGGAUGUAGCCAAGUCUUCCAAGGACGGAGCCGAAGAUGAGAACACGGAGAAGAAGUCAAAGGACACCACCAAAGUGAAGGAUGAUCCCAAGAAGGGCACACAGAAGAAGCAAGACGAGGAUCCAAAGACUCAGAAGACUGACACUUCAAAGGAAGCACCGAAGAGAGAUGCAGAGAAGAAGAAGAAGAAGGAUGUAGCCAAGACGUCCAAGGACGGAGCUGAAGAUGAGAACACGGAGAAGAAGUCAAAGGACACCACCAAAGUGAAGGAUGAUUCCAAGAAGGGCACACAGAAGAAUCAAGAUGAGGAGCCAAAGAAGAAGACAACUGAUGAAGCCAACAAUGGCACAAAAGACAAACCAGAGAAGGAGAAGACGAAGAAGGAUGAGGACAACAAGAAAGGGAAGAAGGUUCCCAAAAACACCGCAGCUGAGAAGACCGACACUUCAAAGGAAGCACCGAAGAGAGAUGCAGAGAAGAAGAAGAAGAAGGAUGUAGCCAAGUCGUCCAAGGACGGAGCUGAAGAUGAGAACACGGAGAAGAAGUCAAAGGACACCACCAAAGUGAAGGAUGAUUCCAAGAAGGACACACAGAAGAAGCAAGAUGAGGAGCCAAAGACUCAGAAGACUGACACUUCAAAGGAAGCACCGAAGAGAGAUGCAGAGAAGAAGAAGAAGGAUGUAGCCAAGUCGUCCAAGGACGGAGCCGAAGAUGAGAACACGGAGAAGAAGUCAGAGGACACCACCAAAGUGAAGGAUGAUCCCAAGAAGGGCACACAGAAGAAGCAAGAUGAGGACUGUGAGAACACGGAGAAGAAGUCAAAGGACACCACCAAAGUGAAGGAUGAUUCAAAGAAAGGCACACAGAAGAAGCAAGACGAGGAGCCAAAGAAGAAGAAAGCCGAUGAAGCCAAAGACGGCACAGAAAACAAGCCAGAGAGUAAAGCAAAUAAUGACAAGGAUAGUUCCAAGAGGGAAGCACAGGGUGAGCCUGGGACAAGCCAUGCCACACCACCCAAAACUACCGCGAUCAAAGCUGAUGCCAACAGCCAUGCUCUCACUCUUCUAGAGUCCAAAGACCCCUCAAAGCGGAAGAGCCUCAGCAGCAAUUCCACCACAGCUUCGUCUGAUCCUGAGAGCAAGCGGCCAAAGGUGUCUACCCAGAGUCAUGACAAGCGGGACCCAGAAGGCCCCACUGGGUCCACCCCUGAAAAGAAAAGGCUGAAAUUUGAAAGCGAAAACGAGGAGUUCAUGCCAGCCCGAAUGGAGAGCAUGAGGACACUUCCAAGUUUUGACCUACUUGCUUCGCCAGCCUCUGUGGACACUUCAACCACUGAGGAGCAAAAGGAGAGCAUCAGUGCAAUGGCAUCCCCGUCAUGCAUGGAUAGUGCAGAGCGUAAGCGGCAGUAUGCUGCCAUGGGUCGUGCAAUAACUAAGACCUGUAACCCAAGCCUUUUGGCAAAGUAUCAGCUAUGUUCUGACACCGAAAGGUGGACAAUGCUGAAGCAAUGGCUGGUGAACGAUGGCAAGACCGACUCCAUCACCGUUGAGGAGAAGUAUGUGAAGUGGACGGAGGAGCUCCGUAGUGACAACUAUGCUACAGUCACACUGCUACAGCUGGAACAGACCUAUGGGACUUCGCCAGAGGCCAAGGAGUUCAUACAAGAACUUACAAAGGGGCAGACAGGCACAGCGCAUCCCCAGGCGCCGGGAUGUGCCAAGGCAAGAAUGUACAAAGUCCUUCGCGAGGUCAGUGAGGAAGUGAAACAGGGACAGCUGAAGAAACUGAACAAUGAGCUGCCCAAGGUCAUUGACGAGAUUAAUGAGUUUAAUGUCAGAAAUUCCGGUGAGCUGGUACCUAGUCCCACCAUUCACCAAUCAUUUCUUUCUUUUGUAGCUGGCACCACCCAUGUAUAUACUUCUGCAGUGCAACCUAAGGUAAAAGCCCUGAUCAAGCACAUUGAUGAAGUUCAUGCUUUGCUGGAAAUCACGAUCCCCAAGACUACCACGCUCCUGUCAGAGAUCAAUGCUGAUGAGUUCCAUGAAACUAGGUUGAUCUAG